AUGGAAAGAAGAAAGUGUAGUCUUGUUUCCAUCUUCUUCUUCUUCAUUUUAUCCCAACCUGUAUAUCCUCAUCCAUUAUCAGAUCUCGAAAUCUUACUAAUGCUCAAAUCAUCCCUCGUAGGGCCCUCGGGCUCGGGCCUCCACGACUGGGCUGCUCCUUCUCCUUCUUCUCCGGCAGCCCACUGCUCAUUCAGCGGCGUAACAUGCGGCGCCGACGCCCGCGUGAUUUCUCUGGAAAUCACAAACACUCCCCUCUUCGGCGAUCUUCCGCCGGAGAUCGGGCUAUUGCGGGGGCUCGUGAAUCUCACACUCACCGCCGCCAAUGUCACCGGCGCUCUGCCGAGGGAAUUCGGCAUGCUUUCGUCGUUGAAGCGGGUCAAUCUCAGCUCCAACGCCUUCAGCAGCGGAAUUCCCGACGAGAUGGUGGCGAAACUGACGGAACUUGAGGUGUUCGACGUGUACGAUAAUAGUUUCUCCGGUGAAAUACCGGUCGGAUUCGUGCGAUUGAAGAAAUUAAGAGUGCUGAAUCUCGCCGGAAACUACUUCUCCGGCGAAAUUCCGGCGGUCUACUCCGGCUUCAAGAGCCUCACGCAUUUGUCCUUGCAAGGAAACAGCCUCACCGGGAUGAUUCCACCUGGUCUAUCCGAGAUUCCGAAUCUUCUAGAACUUUCUCUCGGAUACUACAACACGUAUUCCGGCGGAAUUCCGCCGGAAUUCGGGUUGAUUUCGACGCUGGAGCUGCUCGAUUUAGGGAAAUGCAACCUCAGCGGCGGGAUUCCGGCGAGCCUCGGGUCGCUUACACGGCUGCACAGCUUGUUUCUUCAGGUGAAUAAUCUCACCGGCGAAAUUCCGGCGGAGCUCUCCGGGUUGGUUAGCCUCAUGUCGUUGGAUUUAUCGAUCAACAACCUCUCCGGCAGGAUUCCGGCGAGGUUCGAUGGUUUAAAGAAACUAACAUUGAUUAAUUUGUUCGGGAACAAAUUUGAGGGGCCGUUUCCUAGCUUCAUCGGCGAUCUGCCGAAUCUCGAAGUUUUGCAGAUUUGGAGCAAUAAUUUCACGCUUGAGCUGCCGGAGAAUCUCGGCAGCAAUGGGAGGCUGGUGCUUGUGGACGUCAAGAACAAUCAUCUCACCGGAAAAAUCCCGAGGAAUUUAUGCAGAGGCGGUAGGCUGAAGACUUUGAUUCUGAUGGAUAACUAUUUCUACGGACCGAUUCCGGAGGAACUCGGCGAAUGCAGGUCGUUAGCCCGAGUUCGAAUCCGGAAUAAUUUCUUCAACGGAACGAUUCCGGCGGGAUUUUUCGCUUUGCCGGAGCUCGACAUGCUGGAGUUGAGUGGUAAUUACCUGACAGGUCAGCUUCCGGCAAGAAUCUCUGCUCCGAAUCUCGGCACUCUUGCACUGUCCGGCAAUUGGUUAUCUGGGAACAUUUCACAAGGAAUUGGGGGUUUGAGGAAUCUCGAGAUUCUAUCAUUAGAUUCCAAUAGAUUCUCCGGUGACAUUCCGGCGACCAUUUCUGAUAUGAAGAAGUUAUCGGUGCUGAACUUGAGCGGCAACCAUUUGACGGGGAAGAUUCCGGCCUCUGUCGCCCGUUGCUCCCGUUUGACGUUCCUCGACGUGAGUCGAAACGAGAUUGACGGUGAGAUUCCUUUGGCCAUCUCUGUCCUUCAGAAUUUAAAUGUGAUGAAUCUGUCGAGGAACAGGUUGGUUGGUUCAAUUCCGAGUGAGAUUGGGCUAAUGAAAAGCUUGACAUUGUUGGAUUUGUCUUACAAUGAUUUCUCGGGGCGAAGGCCGACGGCCGGGUUGUUGAAAGACAUGGACGACCGUUGCUUUGCUGGGAAUCCGCACCUCUGCAGCAGCAACGCAAGUUGCGCUGCUGCAGCUCGUGCACCGCCACCACUGCGGUUAACUCUGUUGAUCGCAGUGGCGGCGGUGUUAGUGGCUUUGUUCGCGCUAUCGGCGAUCUGGAUGGUGGUGAGGAGAAUGAAGGCGAACAAGGGACGGAGAUGGAAACUCACCACGUUUCAAAAGGUGGAUAUGAUGAGAGCCGAAGACGUGGUGGAUUGCCUCAAGGAAGAGAACGUGGUCGGAAAAGGCGGGGGCGGUGUUGUGUACCGUGGAUCCAUGCCUGAUGGCACGGAUAUUGCGGUGAAGAGGGUGGUUGGGCGUGGAAGCGAUCGUGGCUUCAGGGCGGAGAUACGGACGCUGGGGAGGAUCCGCCACCGGAACAUCGUGCGGCUCCUCGGAUACGUGUCGAAUGAGGAUACAAAUCUUUUGUUGUAUGAGUAUAUGCCGAAUGGGAGCUUAGGUGAUAUGCUCCAUGGGUCCAAGGGGGCUCAUCUGCAGUGGGAUCUUAGGUGCAAGAUUGCACUCGAUGCCGCUCGAGGGCUCAGCUAUCUGCACCACGAUUGCUCGCCCUCAAUCAUUCAUCGGGAUGUUAAGUCCAACAACAUCUUGCUUGAUGCUGAUUUUGAGGCUCAUGUCGCUGAUUUUGGUCUAGCCAAGUUUUGGCGCGACGCUGGCGCCUCUGAGUGUAUGUCCAUGGUUGCCGGCUCCUACGGUUACAUUGCACCAGGUGUGUGUUCUAAUGUUCGAAUACUCAUCUCAUCAUCUAAUAAAGAAUAUUGA